UUUUUCUCAUUUUUAUCUGUUUAUUUUUUUGUAGUUGAUGGUGAAGUAAUCAGCUCCAUUGGAAAAGGACUCUGUGUGUUAGUUGGAAUAUCUAAAUAUGACACCUCAAAAGAAAUUGAAUACAUGUGAGUCAAAAUGUAGCAAUAUCACCUCUUGGGAGCAAGGGAAUGGCGCAGUGGUGAGAGCACUCACCUCCAACCAAUUAAGGCACUUCUUCAAAUCCAGGGGUGAAUGCCACAUGUGGGUUGAGUUUGUUGUUGAACUUCUCUACUUUGCUCUGCGAGGUUUUUGUCUGGCUACUCCGGUAUUUGCCUCUCCUCAAAAACUAGGGGUGAGAUCGAUUGAACAUAACAUUACAAAUCUCUUGUGCCAUGAUUUUUGGACCAAAUGCUUGGAACAUAUUAACAUAUGUCAGAAUAUAUUAUUUCAAGCAGAUUUACAGACAUUGAAAUGCAAACAAAUGAUUUUUGAAGUUUAUUCCAUUCAUUCUUAUUCUGGAAUAUUGUCAAUUGAACACUCCCUAACAUUCCCAAAUUCCAAUUCAACCUGGAAUGGUAGACAAAGAACCAGCAUGUGGAUGCCCUUCCCUUUAAAUUAUUUGUUUAUUUAUUUAUUUAUUUUUUAUUAUGCAUUAUUGGAUGAAUGUUUAACCCAAAAAAAAUCAACUAACUAGAGAAACAAUACCCACUAAUUUUUUAUAUGGACUGUCCUACUAACAAUUACGGAGUCUGAAAAGCCUGGUUUGUCUUUUGAAGGGUGAGAAAGAUUCUAAACUUAAGGGUCUUUGACGACAAUGGACAACGAUGGAAAAAGUCUGUGGUGGAUAAAAAUCUUGAAAUUUUGUGCGUGAGUCAGGUAUGAGCUACAUACGUUCCAUACUUUUUUUUAUUAUUAUCAUUUUUUUAUUUUUAAAAUAUUUUUGUAAAGUGCCAAUGAACAACUACGGGAUGAGUGCGCUAUAGAAGUGUCUUGUUAUUAUUAUUAUUAUUAUUAUUAUUAUUAUUAUUAUUACUAUUAACUACACCUGUAUGUCAAGUUGAAACUUGGGACACUUACCGUUAGACACACGUACAACUAGCCAGUGAGACCAGCUGUCAUAGGGAGAAUUUCACUGUUAGUCAGGAAUUUCCUAGCCUGCGAACAGCAGACGCAUUUCUGGUCUUCGCUUCUCUCCUUCCGAAGGGAGAGAAGUGACGACCGGAAAUGCGUCUGCUGUUCGCAAGCUAGGAAUUUCCAGCCAUAACAGUCUAUUCCUAAACAGGUUGAACAGCAGUGAUGGGUUUUAGUAAAAACUCUUGCGAAAUGCGUAUUUCAUUUUCAAAAUGACCAGUCCAUUCGGCCUUUUGUGAUUUUUGGUAAGCACCCUGAGGUGUAAAGAAUAGGUUUGCCAUUACAGUCACCUGUCCCUGAGACAUAAACCACCGGGUUCAUUACUAAGGGCCUGUCUUACAGAGCUGUGUUACCCCAGGUGUGGGGAGGUACGCAGCAAAGUUUUAUACAGGGUAAAAGGGUGAGGGGCUGGGGAAGGAAACAUCUGAAAAGGUAGUUCUGUUAGCUGCCGAAUGGAAAUUCAUGUUCCGUUUCUUCAAAGCCAUCUUUGAUACCAGUUUCAGGCUUUCACCGCCGUUUUUCGGUAAAUGGAACUGAUUUGUACAAACGGUAAACGCGAUUCCGGGACGAAAUUUACCAGUCCUGAUUUUGCGUACCAUUUGCCCAACAGUAUACCCACCAGUUUGCCCAUGUGAAUGUAGCCUGCGAGCAACCUCUCCAUUAAUUUUUAUAUGGUGAGCGAAGCCAACCGCGAGAGAACGCGCGAGAGAACAGCAAAACCUCUCGCGCUCGCGUCGCCUUUCGCGUGCUACUCUCGCGUGACUUCUCGCGGCUCCCCUAAAUGGAGAGGAGCCUGCUCGCAAAUAAUGUUAAUAGAGACCUUUAGAUUCGAGGAAGAGAACGACUACGAGUACUAGAUUUGAUUUAAAGUUUUUUCACGUAUUGUCAAAAAAUAGACACCCCGGAAUUCUUCAUUGUACUUUUUUCACCAGAAAAGUUAGCACUGUUAUCGUUGUUGAAGGAGGUUGAGCUCUCUCCCGAUAGCAAAAUGUUGAAACUUCUUACAUUUGAUAACUUGUUCCCGCCACUACGACACUCUUGCUAAAACUCGUAGUAGAAUGACGACGGCUACCAUUUUUUCCCGCCAAAAUGACGCUGCCUCACGCGCGAGCACUACCUUUGUUGAGAAAAUCUCGUCCUCGUAGUCGUUCUCGUCUUAGUAGGCUGAUUUAGCAACAGGACGGGAACGUCAGUUGACGACGGGAAAGCGCGCGGAAAGGGCUAAAUACGACUUCCGGUGCUCAAUUUGCCGCUCUGCCAUUGGUCAAGCCAGUUGUUUGAUUUGCGCGCGCCGUCUUCAACUGACGUUCCCGUUUUGUUGCUAAAUCAGCCUAAUAUCUAAAAGGUCUCUUAAUGGUAAACAAGUGGAAAGUACCCCGGAUGUAGACCUGAUCAUUUUGUUUCUGUAGUUCACACUGCAAGCUGUUCUCAAGGGAAAUAAGCCAGAUUACCACUUAGCUAUGGGUGGAGAUCAGAGUGAGACAUUUUAUCAAGAUUUUCUGCAGCACAUGAGAUCAACAUACAGAGUUGAUGCGGUAAAAGGUAGAAAUUUCCAGAAGUCUUUUCCCUAUAGAUACAGUCGAACCUUCGCUAACGGUCAUCACUCUACAUCGGCCACUUUUAUUCGUCCCGGCAGACAAAAAAUCCAUACGUUGACUCUUGUUCUAACCUCUCCACAAAGGCCACCUCUUUACAACGGCCACUUUCUUUUUUCGCUAAGGUGGCCUUUGUCGAGAGGUUCAACUGUAAUCAUCUAAAAUAUUUUGUAGGGAUUCUUCCAUGAGCUUUCUAAGUAUUUUCAUCUUAAGCUUCCUAAGCGGAAAGGCACCAACUGUUUGAUUUUCCGACUGAAAUUUCCAGUUUUCCAAAAAUGAAUGUAAAUAGUUAGCCUGCGUACCGUUUCUUUUUAGCUAAGCGCCACAGGAGAAACGCGGGAAACGUACGCGUGCGCAACGGUGAGCAAAGAAGUAGAAGCAAGAACCACCCUCUUACUCUACCCCACUUUAAUUUUUUCGCCCCUUUCUUGCGCGUCUCUUGGAAACGAAAACAACUGGCCAGUAAAUAGGAAGUUCACAAAUUCACUUGUGUCUUUCUUUGUGUCUGUGUCGCAAGUGAAAAUUAGGCUUAAAUCAUCCUAUAUUUCUAUAUAUAUAAUAUGCAGUAACUUUAUUUUUCUGUUCAGAUGGGAAAUUUGGAGCGUAUAUGCAAGUUCACAUCCAAAAUGACGGCCCAGUUACAAUAUCAUUGGAAACGCCUCCCUCGAAACCGGCCCCACAAAACAAGGUGAGUUCUUGCUAG